GCUGCUAGUCUGCGAACACAACUCUUCCGACCAGUCGUCCAAUAUCCCAGCAGCGCUAAGUUGAUGAUCUCUUCCUCUCAAGGGUCUUCCAAUACCGUCUCCGGACCAUCAUCGUCCUUUUCGCCUUCUAGUCAACAACAUGGUUUCCUCUCUCAAUCCUCGCACGAUAGUGCUAUGUCGUCCUAUCUAGCCGCAUCGAUGCCAAUGCAUGCGACUUCAUCGAUGAUCACUCCAAACUCGUCCCAUCUAUCUGACCCUACCUCUCCGGAAUCAUUCAAGCAAAACAUCCGCCUCGCACUGACUCAUGUCGCGCGUGUGAAUAGUCUUGCGAAGAGGGCUUUGGGUGGAAUCGAAAAUGCCUAUCAUCCUGGCACAUCUAAUGCCCACACAGAUGCCGACCUAACAUCCCUCGCUCAGGCAAUGUCAACGUUAUCAGAUUUCCUACGGACAACAGGUGUAGGAGCGCUACCUUUGGUGCCCACCCAAGGGUCUUCUGAUUCUUCUUUGACACAAGCUAGCUCAGCGGUAACAGAACAAGAGUUGACGCCCACAACGACACAGUCGGUGCAAUCAUUAUAUGAGAGGCUUCAAAGAUCCCAGGAGAGUGCGGGAGCUGUAGUUAGUCUGUUGGGAUCGAGUUGAGUAUCCCGAUGAUGCUCUGUAAUACUGACAUCCCUUUUUCUGCUUAU